AUGACCCUUUCUACUAUUGGGUAUGUUAGGCUAUGGGACGCAUCAUAUCUUAAUCCUGUGACAAAAAUACCUUUAAUACAUACAAAUGAAAAUGUAUGCUUAUCAAUGAAUUCCAAAGUGAAUCUGUAUGCUGUUGGAUCUCAGGCGCAUAUAUCAAUUGUGGACCCACGGACAUCGUCUAUAGUUCAUGAAAUUGAUUCUGUAGAUGAGGGUUGGGGUGUUCGUUCCUUAAAUUUUGAUGAUCAUAUAAUUACAACUGGAGGUGGCUACGGAAGGCUUUCCUUUUAUGAUAUGCGUGCGCAAAGCUAUCUUACAUUCAAUACAUCAAAUGAUGAAUCGUCAGUAACAUGUAAUUAUAAAGAAACAGGUUCAGGUUGGUUGAAUGCUAUUUAUACACUUUCAUAUGAUGAAUCAGGUACAAUGCUGUUUACAGGUGGUGGUCCUUUACAACUUGGGCUAAAAGGCUCGCACGCAACAAUUUGGUCAUAA